AUGCACGACAACGACUCGGUCAUCAGCGCUUACGAUCCCAAAAGGCCUAAACUCACCCUGCGACAGCGCCUUCACCAUUUCACCUGGGCCUGGUGGACAAUGAUCAUGAGCACGGGUGGCCUCUCCCUCCUCAUCUUUGCCCAGCCCUUCCAGUUCCCUGGCCUCCGCCAGAUCGGCCUCGUCGUGUACAUCAUCAACCUCAUCCUCUUCCUCACCGUGUUCACCUCGCUCACGGCCCGCUUCUUCCUGUUCUCGGGAUCCUUCAAGCAGUCCAUCACGCACGAGCGCGAGGGCUUCUUCCUCCCGACGUUCUUCCUAGCGAUAGCGACCCUCAUCACCAGCACCUACCGAUACGCCGUUCCUCCCGAUGACGAGCAGCUCAACUGGGGCGUCCAGAUUGCCUUCUGGAGCUACAUGGCCGUCACCAUCCUCCUCGCCAUCGGGCAGUAUAGCUACGUCUUCCGCACACACAACCUGGAGGUCAAGACGAUGAUGCCGACGUGGAUCCUGCCCAUCUUCCCAAUCAUGCUCUCCGGGACCAUCGCGUCCGUCAUCGCCGAGACGCAGCCAGCCGGCAUCUCCACGGCGAUCGUGCUGGGUGGCCUCGCCGCGCAGGGCCUGGGCGUAUCGGUCUCGUUCCUCAUGUACGCACACAUGGUCGGCCGCCUCAUGUCCUUUGGCCUGCCGGAUAGGGAACACCGCCCAGGCCUGUUCAUGAAUGUCGGCCCGCCGUCCUUUACCUGUCUUGCCCUCAUUGGUAUGGCCCAGGGCCUGCCUUCCGACUUCGACAUCGACUCGAACGGUGUGGUCGAUAUCCACUCCAUCCGCUCGGCCGCCGUGCUCGCGGGUGUGUUUCUCUGGGGGCUGAGCCUCUGGUGGUGGGGAGUCGCCUUCAUCGCUGUCGUGUCGAGCCGGCCUAAAUAUUUCCACCUGGGCUGGUGGGCGUCGGUCUUCCCCAACACGGGCUUCACCCUUGCGACUAUCUCCAUUGGGAAAUGUAUAAACAGCAACGCGGUCCUUGGGUUCGCCGUGUUCAUGAGCGUUUGUCUGGUGCUGACUUAUUUCUUUGUGCUUUACCACAAUGUGAGGGCGGUGAUCAAACAGGAAAUCAUGUAUCCGGGUAGAGAUGAGGAUGUGGUUGAUCACUAG